GGUUUUAAACAACGUAAAACUGAAGAUCCCGAUUUACCAUCAUUUUAACUGCCUUGCUCACUAAGAAAGAAAGAAAAAAGAAUAACAGGCCACUACUAACACUUCUAACAAAACUCUUUUUCCUUUUUUCUCCUAAAGCAAAGUGGAGUGAAUCACGCCAGUGUUCUUAUUCAUAGCUUUCAUCAAAAAAAAAAAGAAACCGACGCAUCGAUUUGCCUUUUCCUGCGCAUCACCAUGUUCCGCUACCGCGCCGCCUCGAAGCUGGCCACUCUGGCCGCGCUCCGCUUCCUGACCAUCACGCCGAUCCCGAUGCCUGCCCUCUCCCCAACAAUGGAGAAGGGUAAAAUAUCCGAGUGGUGCAAGCAACCCGGCGAUCCGAUCGCCACGGGCGACACGUGGUGCAAGGUGGAGACGGACAAGGCUGUCGUGUCGUACGACAACGCCACCGAGGAGGGUUUCUUCGCCCGCGUCAUCGUCCCAGCUGGUGAGGAGACGAUGGUGGGCCAGACGGUGUGCCUCAUGGUGGACGAGAAGGAAGGCAUCAACUCCGACGAGGUGAAGAACUGGAAGCCCGAGGGCGAGGAGGCAGCGGCGCCUGCUGCCGAGGAAGCCGCCCCUGCCGCUGCCGCUCCGGCUGCUGCAGCCGCUGCGGCGCACGCUGCCGCGUCCGGCGACCGCGUGAAGGCCUCGCCGUACGCCCGCAAGCUGGCGGCGGAGCGCAACGUGUCCCUCAGCAACGUUAAGGGCACCGGCGGUGGUGUGGGGCGCAUCACCUCGAAGGAUGUGGAGGCGGCCGUGAAGAGUGGCUCUGCGGCGGCACCGGCGAAGAGUGGGGCUGCGGCACCCGCCGCCAAGGCUGCUCCGGCGAAGGCGAAGGCGGCUGCGCCGGCCAAAGGCAUGCCCCCGGCGAACCCGAACUACGUCGACAUCCCGACGACGAAUAUGCGCGCGAUCAUUGCGAAGCGCCUGCACCAGUCCAAGAACGUGGAAAUUCCGCACUACUACCUGUUCGACAACUGCCGCGCCGACAACAUGUUGGCGCUCAUCAAGCAGCUCAACGCAAAGGGCAACGGCGAGUAUAAGAUCACUGUGAACGACUACAUUAUCAAGGCGGUCGCGCGCGCGAGCAUGUUGGUGCCAGAGGCGAACUCGUCGUGGCAGGAGGGCUUCAUCCGCCAGUACACCACCGUAGACGUGUCGGUGGCCGUGGCGACGCCGACGGGCCUCAUCACGCCGAUCAUUCGCAACGCGCAGGCGAAGGGCCUCGUAGAGAUCUCGAAGGAGGUGAAGGUGCUGGCGAAGAAGGCGCGCGAGGGCACGCUGCAGCCCGACGAGUUCCAGGGUGGCACGUGCUCCGUGUCGAACCUCGGCGCGACGGGGAUCCCGAACUUCACGGCCAUCAUCAACCCUCCGCAGUCGAUGAUUCUCGCCAUCGGCUCCGCCAAGCCGCAGCCUGAGAUCAUCAAGAACGAGGAGACCGGCGAGUUCGAGAUGACGGGCAAGGUAGAGCAGGUGGUGGCCUUCACCGCCUCCUUCGACCACCGCGUCAUCGACGGUGCUAUCGGUGCCAAAUGGUUCCAGGGCUUCCACGAUGCCAUUGAGAACCCGCUGUCCCUUCUGCUGUAG